UGCCGUUGUUGCCUUGACGUGGUGCAUACCAGAUACUUAACUAAUGGGCAGCCCUCCGUGGAAAGAUUCCCCAUCAGCUUUAAAACCCACUUCUCAGGGAACUAUUUUCAUCACGUGGUGCUUGGGAUUUACUGCAACGGCCGGUACGGCUCCCCGGGGCUGGGGAGACCCUUUUUCCAUCCCGGGGUUCUGGGGUUUUACUGCACCGGCCGGUACGGCUCGCUGGGCAUGAGCAGACGGUCAGAUCUGAUGGACAAACCUCUCGCUUACCGAACUCUGAGUGACCUCAUCUUUGAAUUUGAAGACUCCUAUAAAAAGUACUUGCAUUCAGUCAAAAAAGUAAAAAUUGGAUUGUAUGUCCCCCAUGAGCCACACAGCUUUCAGCCCAUUGAGUGGAACCAGCUGGUCCUCAAUGUAUCCAAAAUGAUGCGCACAGAAGUCAGGAAGGAGCUGGAGAAGUUUGCCAGGGAUAUGAGGAUGAAGAUUCUGAAACCUUCAAGGGCCCAUUCUCCGAUGAAAGACAGAUCACGGGGUAAGUCCUUGUCCCCUCACCGAAGGCAAGCCAGCCCUCAGAGACGUGCGUGCAGAAGAGAUAAAUCGCCUGCAGUGGUGGACAAGAAGGGAGACCUGGCCACACUCAACGAGGUUGGCUAUCAGCUCCGCAUCUGA